AUGAACAAUAUACACGUGAAGAGUUCGACUGGAUUCACAAUCCACUUAUGCGUUUGCACCAACACCACAAUCGGUGGAAUCAAAUCGACGGUCCACGAAAAGAAAGGCAUUCCCCCAAUUCAGCAGAUACUUUUCUUCGGCAACAUGCAGCUCGACGACCACCGCACACUCGCCGAUUACGGUAUCGGCAACGACUCCACCCUGCGCCUCUCCGUUACGAGUUUCCCGAUUUCGGUGGUCAGCGUGUCGGGAUCGAUCACUUUAGAAGUUAAGUUUUCCGACACGGUGGGCGAUGUCAAAUCGGAGAUCCAUAAAAGGGUAGGCAUUCCGGCCGUCGACCAGGUACUCGUCUUCGAGGAUAAAUGGCUCGACGACAACAAUCGCACCCUUGCCGAUUGCAAUAUGGAGAGCGAUAAUUCGGUUAUCCGCCUCUUAGUUUCGAGGUUGCGUGGCGUGAUGAAGAUUCGUGUCGAGAGCGUGAGCGGAACGAUCACCACCUUAGUGUCAAGGCAAUGA